AUGUCAGUAAAUACAUCGAUCAAGAUGCUCAUUACAUCUACCGACAAGGCGAAAACAGACAUGAAUCACCCACAAGCUCAAGGAGUACUUGCUUUCUGCUACGAAUUUGGUCUCGGUAUCGAAAAAGACUUUAAACGAGCCGAACAAUACUACAUCCCUGCUGCCGAACGCGGCAAUGGUCUAGCUCAAGCACGUCUGGCCUUUUUACGUAAAUACGGACGACCUUCCGUAAGGAUAGACCGUACAGAAGCUGAAAAGUGGCAGCAAAAAGUCAAAGACCAAGGCCAUCACGUUUCGGCAAUGUAUCAUUUGGCAAAUGCUUUGGAAAAGGGAGCCGGUUGUGAAAUUGAUCUUCGCGGUGCAACAUACUGGUUUGAGAAGGCAGCUAGUUACGGGUGUAGGAGUAGUUGUGAGCGUUUGAAAAGACUACUUGUGAGGGAAUGUAUGGGAAGUGAUUAUACCGGGAGCGAAUUUGUUUGCGGACAUUAUGCCCCUGCGGCUUGA